AUGUCCAGACCUCUUUUUCGCUCACUCCCAGUGGGGGAGGCAGGGUCGAUCUUCACUGCAGCCUCUGAGCGCAACCACCAGGACCCUUUGCUCAAGACCAAGACCUGGACCAUGGCCCCGGUGUCGGACGUGGAGCUGGAGGCGGACAGCAGUAGACCUCUGUCCAAAGAAGACUGUGUUUGCCCCAUCUGCCUGGAGAUCUUCAUGGAACCUGUGACUCUGCCCUGCUCCCACACCUUCUGUAAGGUGUGCUUCUUGGAGUCAGUGGACAAAGCCACUCUCUGCUGCCCCCUGUGUCGGAAGAGAGUAUCAACGUGGGCACGACACCAGACACGCAAGAAGAGUUUAGUGAACGAGUCUCUGUGGAAGAACAUCCAGAGAUGUUUUCCCAGGAGUGAGGAGAGGAGACAGGGGGGAGGAGAGGAGCACAUGGAGGUGAUGUGUUUCCGCAGACUGUGUGAGCCUGGAGCACUGAGGCAGGAGUAUGAGGACCAGGUCUCCAAGCUGUCAGAAGAGAAGCGGGUUCUGGAUGAGCAGGAGCGCCAGGCAAGUGAGGAGUUAAUCCAGAGACUGUUGGCAGAAGAAGAAGAACUUCAGAAGGAGCAGAGACAGAUACGCCAUGAGGACGAGAGGCUGGCCAGACUGCUGAGCCAAGAACUGAACUCUGCAGAUCAGCGGCGCCCUCCAGAGGCCACAGUGAAGAAGAAACCAGUGGGCCAGAUGGACAGGUUUCUGUCUCCGCUCUCCAAAGGCUCCACCCACAUCUCCCCCAACAAUAAGGAGUACAUCUCUGUUCCCCAGACUUCAUCCUCAGAACCUCAAACCGAUCAAUCACAGCCUCAGGACCCUGACCUCAACGACAUAGACCAAUCAGCUCAUGGGGACCGGCCUCCAGAGGGCGGGGUGCUGUCUGAGUGGGAGGCAGAGCUUCAGCGCCGCAGGCAGCAGGAGGAGGAGGACCUGCGUGUGGCUCUGCAGCUUCAGCGUGAACUCGAUCGUCAGCAGCGACUCACAGACCGCAGCAAAGGCUCCGAGGACGCUUACGAGCUGCGCACACCGCGAAGAGCAGGAGGAGGAAGAGGAGGAGCAGCGACUGCUACUGUUACUGCUGGAGCCCGCGCACGCAAACGGUCGCGCUCCUCCUCUAGUUCCAGUGCGCCUCCUCACGCAAUGCCACCUCACUCGCCGUGUCCUCACACGCCGCCUCCUCAUGCCUCCCAAACGCUCCCUGUGUCUCCUGCUCUCAGAGGGGCACGGCAGACAACGCUCACAGACCUGUUCAACCUCCACAGUUAG